AUGCCUUCGGCGUGCCAGACCGCCAGUGCGCCGGACUGCCUCACGGACUGGCUGGAGCGGCUGAUAGCGGACACGGCGUUUGCGAUCGCCAAAGGCGUCCUACCCGCCGAACGCUACGUCGCAAACACGAUGCCUGCCACUCCGACGGAUGACACAAUCAGUGACCUGCUCAGCAACAUGGUUGUCGACGCCGGUGGCCACGUCGGCGACAUUUGCAUUCGCACAAACGCCUCGGGCUCGCGCAGCGUCGUUGCCACAGCACCGAUCGCCGAGGGCGACAAGCUCCUCGCGGUGCCGCGCGCGCUGAUCCUCGCGUCCUCGUCGUACGAGGAGCUCCGCGUGCAGCUGCUCCUCGAGCGGCGGCGCAGCGCGAUGAUCACUCUGCAGCCGGUCGGCGACGAGAGCCUCGCCUACCUUGCGGCGAGGACCCGCUGGUCGAGCUGGCUGCGGCUGCUGCCGCCGGCACACGGGCUGCCGAUGGAGUGGGAGGAGGGCCUCCUCGCCUCACUCGGCGACGCGCUCGAGGCCUCCCUCCGCGCCGAACGGGCAGAGCUCGAGCAGGCGUUCGGCCGCGUCGAUCGCUCCUACGUCUACUAUGCUGGGGCAGCCCUCGGCGCGGGCGAGGAGGUGGUUGUGUCCUACGGCUGCCACGACGACGCUGUCCUCCUCGCCUGCUACGGCUUCGUGCCUCCCUCGAACCCGCACCGGCGCGCGCCGCUGGCGCUGCCUCUCGGCGAGAUGCCCGAGAGGCGGAGGAGGUGGCUGGCAGAGCAUCAGCUCAUCUCGGAGCACUACCUCACGGCCGACGGGCCCUCCUGGUCGCUGCUCGCGGCUGCGCGGCUGCGCGAGGCGAGCGAGGCGGAGGCCGGCUGCUUGCAUGCCGCGGUGGGCUGGCUCGACGCGGCGCUGCGCCUGGCGGAGGGGGAGGAGGGCGCGGCGCCUUGA